AUGCAUAAAGAUGUAUAUGGGCUGACGAGCAGAAGCGUCAAAAGAAAAAAAAAUUAUAUAUUUCCUACACGAUCACGCGGAAUGAGGCGUAUUUCCUGCCCGUACUUCAUAAAGACAUUCCCCGCCGUCUGUGCGGGGUUGAUGCCGGUGCCGUCCUUCGUCGUGGCUGCCAUGGAGUCUACCGAGGCGAUGCCAAACUCCUCUGCGGCGAAGCGCAGCACGGCGGUGAGGGGCGCCUCCUCCGCAAUGCUGAUGACGCGGAACGGCUGGCUUCGCUCAGAGGUGAGAAUAACGCGAAAGGUCACCGUCCCCCCGCUUGCGGCUGGGGCGGCCUGA